AACAAGUGAAUCAAAUGAAGAGUUAAAUCGAACCGAGUAUCCAUAUUGCUUUUUGACACUUUGAUGAUCUCUGAAUGUUUGUGAAUUGAAUAAUCGUGAAGAGAUAUAUAGAGCAAGGGUAGAAAAUCGUUGACCCUAAAAAGUCCUUCGACGACGCCAUUGCUGACUGAAGAGAAGAGAGAACAGAAGAAGGCUCGGGAGACGUGUGCAACAAGUUAAGAGAGAGUGACGCCGACUUGCAUGAAACUGAAUUCGCGAUGUGACAUGGAUAUCCUCGUUAUAUUCUGCGUCCUUAUCGCCACUGUCCUCUACUACAAUACGCUUCAUGCAGGUUUCGUCUACGAUGACAGAAGAGCCAUUCUGACAAAUCCGGACCUCCUUCCGAAUUCUCCAUGGUUCCCUUUAUUGGAAAACGAUUUUUGGGGCACGCCUUUACGUGACAGCGAGUCUCACGGGAGUUAUCGUCCACUAUGUGUGGCCACAUUUCGGCUUAAUCAUCUGCUCGGUGGUCUCAAUCCACAGGGCUAUCACCUUGUCAACAUCGCGCUCCACGCAGCCUGUACGGGUUUGGUGGUUCGGGUGGCUAGAAAAGUAAUUCCAGGACGAUGGCUAUCGCAUGCGAUUACAGGAUUACUAUUUGCCGUUCAUCCUAUCCACAGCGAGGCAGUGGCUGGAAUAGUGGGCCGAGCUGAUUUGUUGGCCUGUUUCCUUACUCUCGGGGGCUUUCUCACCUACGUCGCUCACUGCGAUCAAACAAGGUCUCCGUUGAUGCUUCUCAUCGCACUCACUUCGUCUCUCCUUGCAGCCCUUGCCAAGGAAACCGGUAUAUCCUCUCUAGCACUCUGUUUGCUUUGGGAAUUCUGUCACGGCGAGCCAAAUACACAGAAGGAAAGAGACAGAUGGCCUCGAAAUCGAAGCGUUGGAAUACUUUGGGGAGGUCUGAUACUGGUGAUUCUUGGUCGAGUUAAGAUCGGAAAUGCCAACCCUCCAGAAUUUGCCAGUGCAGACAAUCCAACUGCAAGGAAUCCGUCGAGAUUAACACGAGCCUUGACAUUCCUCUACCUACCAGCCGCAAGCUUCCGCAUGUUUCUAUGCCCCAGUACUCUCAGCUUCGACUGGUCUAUGGACACCAUUCCACGCAUAAUUAGUCUGACGGAUCCAAGGAAUUUAGAAUCCGUGUGUUUGUAUAUAGGUUUAGCGAGUGCGGGCUUGUGGGUAAUCCAACAAUCAAGAACCGAGGUCUAUGUACGCAACCGAACGAUGGAGAAGACUGGGUCGUAUCAAAGAGCCUCAAGCAAAUGUUCUGUUUGUGAUGGCAGAAAGUCUGGCAAUUGUCACACUGAAGGAUGUCGGGCUGCUAACAAUAAUAACAACAGUGACAGCAAUGAUUGUUGCUGUUCAAUGAAACCCGCCAUUCAUGUUUCUACACCUACUCCAACUGCUGCUGCUGCUUCAACUACUGAUCCAUCAACCCGGUUUGGUCGUACUAAAUCCGUCAGCAUUGUCAUCAUAUCUUUAGGCUUUUUGGCGCUUCCAUUUUUACCCGCAAGCAAUUUAUUCUUCUACGUUGGCUUCGUCAUUGCUGAAAGGAUUUUGUAUCUACCAAGUGUUGGCGCCUGUCUGUCUAUUGGCGCCAGUGUGGCUGAAACUUAUCGCAUCGUUCGACACGGCUCCAAGACUUGUGGCAGAUUGAUUCUUGUCGUUACUGCUUUGUUGCUUGGAUUCAUGGCUGCUAAGACUCUUCGACGAAAUAUGGAUUGGUAUGAUGAAGAGAGCUUAUACCGAUCAGCUCUUCACGUCAAUCCACCAAAAGCGUACGGUAAUCUUGGAGGUAUUCUUAGCACACAGGGGCGAUUUGCCGAAGCAGAGGAAGCUUUUAUUCAAGCGCUACGAUAUCGCCCCAAUAUGGCUGAUGUACACUAUAAUUUGGGAAUAUUACAGCAAGCACGAAGAAAUUAUGAUGAAGCAAUUCUAAGUUACGAACGUGCAAUACACUUCCGACCAUCACUUAUUCAGGCUUACGUAAAUCUUGGAGUGACUCUUAUUUCUGUCGGGAGGAAAGCCGAAGCCGCAGAUAUUUUACGAACCGCAGCUUCAGUCAGUGGAGUAGGACUAAAAGACAAGAGAGUCCACGAAGCAGCAAGAAUACAAGCACUCCUACGACUAGGUGCUUUGUAUGCAGACGAAGGUCAUCUUCAUGAAGCUCUAUCAUCAUAUAGAGAAGCUUUGCAAGCUUUACCUGAUUAUUAUCCUCCACAAACUGUCUACAAUCUAUUAGGAGAAACUUUAUCAAAAAUGCAGCAGUAUGCAGAAGCUGAAAGAUGGUUUAGAGCAUGUUUAGUAAGAGAGCCUAAUUAUGUACCGGCUCACAUUACUUAUGGAGAAUUGUUAGCACGAAAUGCUAGCAGGGUUCUUGAAGCUGAGAGGUGGUUUAUUAAAGCCACAAGACUCGCCCCAGAUGACCCAAAUGUUCAUCAUCGCUAUGGGAUGUUUUUGUCAUCACAAGGACGUUUAGAUGAAGCAGCAAGAGAGCAAUUGCGAGCAGCGGAGCUUUCAAGAUCAAAUUAUGACCUCUCAGUCGCUGCUGCUUCAGCACUGCAUCAAGCAGGUCGAGAUGAAGAUGCUGAAAUUUGGUAUAAACAUGCUACUAGUCUGAGACCCCACGAGGCGCGCAGUCAUACUAAUUUGGGGGCGAUUUUACAUCUAAAUGGGAAAUAUCGACAAGCUGCUGCAGCAUAUCGAAAGGCACUAAGACUACGACCCAACGAUGCUACGACAAUUACGAAUCUUUACAAAUUAAUGGCGCUUAUAACGUGACGCAAGGCGGGGGAUCCCUUGUCCCCCUUCACUAUAACUCACUUUUCGGAAGGGAGACAAAAUGCUACGGACCCGAUUCAUUUGGGCGAACCAAGGAUUAAUCGCAUCUUCUCUUCCUGGUCUUCAUUUAUACAUCGGUUUGCAUCUGAUUUAUUAAUAAUGAUGUCAAUCCUAUGGCGUUAUAAAAUCCUACAUCAUCGAUAUGCAACUCAUUCAUACUGCCUGCUACAAUAUAUGUA